UUCCAACAGAAUUUGGGCUAGCCAAGUGCCUAGCGUCUCCAUGUACUGUGACCAUAUUCCCAAUGUUUUUUUGCUACUGUGUCUCUGAAGAAACCAGAAUGUCAACAAACUUUAUUUGUCCCUCCACAGAUGGAGAGGUCCCUGGAGUUGGUCAACAUGACAAGAGUCCAGGAGUUUGUCUUGUUGGGUUUGUCCACAAGGCCAGAUAUAAGAGAUGUUCUGUUUGCCAUCUUCCUGACCCUCUACCUGCUGACCCUCCUGGAGAACACGCUCAUCAUCUACCUCAUCUGCAGUCACAUCGAGCUCCACAAGCCCAUGUAUUUCUUCCUGGGCAACCUGAGCUGCCUGGAGAUGUGCUACGUGUCCGUGACCAUGCCCAGUCUGCUCGUGGGGCUGUGGACUGGACCUUACCAUAUCUCCUUCACAGCCUGCAUGACACAGCUUUUCUUCUUCAUAGUCCUCAUCUGCACGGAGUGCACCCUCCUGGCCUCCAUGGCCUAUGACCGCUACGUGGCCAUCUGCCGCCCACUCCACUACCCACUGCUCAUGAGGCCCCAGGUCUGCCUGGGCUUAGCCUUGUCCUCAUGGCUUGGGGGGAUGCUGGUCUCGGUGGCCAAGACGACAUGCAUUGCCAGCCUUUCCUACUGUGGCCCCAAUGUCCUCAACCAAUUUUUCUGUGACGUCUCCCCUCUGCUCAACCUGUCCUGCACCCACGUGGCCCUGACGGAGCUGGUGGACUUCAUCUCUGCCAUUGUCAUCUUCUGUGGAACACUGUUGGUAGCAUUGGCCUCCUACUUGGCCAUCGUGGUGGCUGUGCUCCGCAUGCCAUCAGCUGCUGCCCAGCGCAAGGCCUUUUCCACCUGUGCCUCCCACCUGAUUGUGGUGGGCAUCUUCUACUCAGCAGCCCUCUUCAUUUAUUGUCGUCCCAGCCGUAUCAAAUCCAUGGACCUCAACAAGGUGCUAUCUGUCAUCUACACGGUGGUCACGCCCAUGUGCAACCCCAUCAUCUACUGCCUGAGGAACAAGGAGGUCCAUGUAGUGCUUCGGAAAACUCUCCACUGGCCUUGAUCAUGGUUUUGGAUUGGACCUCUCAUCUCCUGAUCGAAAAUCUUUCAUGGCCAGGAAAUACCAAACAUAGUACUGAAAGGCAAAACAAACAAACAAACAAACAAACAAACAAAAAAAAAACCUAGAGAAAUGUGGUUCCCAAUUAAUAAACAAUGAGUUCAUUUCAAUUAAUAACAAAAUCUGAAUCACCCAUGAGAAGAGUGAACAAUGUCCAUGAGAAAGCAAAGUCAUCAAGGAUAAGUGACUGAUAACUCACAUGGCAAGAUGGUCAACUUUAUUAGUAAGCCAAGAAAUGCAGAUUUAGCAAUCCCAUCAUUUUAUUCCUAGGAUGACAAAUAUUUACCAAAUGUUUUAUAUGUUCCCACAAGUAAAGAUAGACCGUGUGUGUGUG